CCUCAAUUUACAAUUUACCGUUCCUUUUGCCAUCUUGCUUGAUCGAUUCUUCUUUUUGCUUUCUCUCUCCCCCAGCUUACUCUGUAUACUUCGCCAUCUCGGUCAGCCUCGAGGCUACCGUAUUCGCACCUAUACCUCGUCUUUCCUUUUUCCGCCUGAUCCGUCCCCGUCGUCCGCGUCGACGCACAGUAGCAUGCUCCGCGGCCAGACACUCCCCUGGAGAGCCGCGCUCCACCAAACGCCGCGUCCCAUACUCCUUCGCCCUCUCCUCGCUUCUCCUAGGCACAAUGCUAGUGCUCGAUCAAUCCUGAACGCCUCCCGAUUCGGCCGCAUCCUUCCGUCUUCCCCCCGUCCUUUCUCAUCGAGCUCGCUCCGCCAGAAAGAGAAGCCCCCACAGAACGACGAUAAGGAGGACACUACGCAAAAAGAGCAAAAAGAGAUCAAGGAAGAGAAAGAUACCGGACGACGUCCCGAUGCUCGACGGAAGGCGACUGAUGCCUCCAACAGGCAGGGAUCGUCACUAGAACCCGGAGCUCCGACAUCGGGGUCAUCGCGGCGGAAAGAGAAGGCGGCGGUGGACAAGGAGCAACGUAGCUUGGAGGACGAGACAAAGAAGAGCGGUAGCCCCAUAGAAGGCAAAGAAAGCCCCUCUGAUGAACCAUCGCCGAUACCUGUCAGUGGCAGCCCAUCGGAUUCUAGGCCUAGCGGUGCGAGCAACGGUGACAAUGAAGAUGGUGGCAAGAAGGGCAAGAAGGGCAGCAGCGAGAAAGCUCUACAGAAGCCAGUUGUGCCGGACAUCUAUCCUCAGGUCAUGGCUAUCCCUAUCGCCAAGCGACCGCUGUACCCUGGCUUCUACAAAGCUAUUACUAUCAAAGACCCCAAUGUGGCGAGCGCCAUUCAAGAUAUGAUGAAGCGUGGCCAACCAUACGUGGGUGCCUUCCUGUUUAAGGACGAGAACGCGGAUGGAGAUGUGAUUGAGAAUCUCGACGAUGUUUAUGACGUCGGUGUCUUUGCUCAGAUCACCGCCGCUUACCCUCUCCGUGGCGACGCAGGCGGUGUGACAGCCGUCCUUUACCCCCACCGUCGGAUCAAGAUCUCUUCACUCAUUCCACCCAAUGAUUCUACCAAGUCGGGCACAGCCGAGGAGAAGGUUCAGGAUAAACGUGGGGAUGUCGUGGCCAGUUUCGAAGAGGGUGGCGCGGAAAUUGCUCCGAAGGACCAUUACGAACCAACCUCCUUCUUACGAAAGUACCUUGUCAGCCUCGUCAAUGUUGAGAAUCUGGCAGAGCAAACCUACGAUAAGAAGAGCGCCAUCAUUCGUGCCGUGACCAGUGAAAUUGUCAACGUCUGCAAGGAGAUUGCUAGCUUGAACCCUCUGUUCCGUGACCAGAUCUCCGCCUUCUACACCGAUCAGUUCCCGGGUAAUCUGAGUGAUGAUCCAGCCAAGUUGGCCGACUUUGCCGCUGCUGUCUCCGCGGGAGAACUUCAUGAGAUGCAGGAGGUUUUGGAGUUGAUGAACAUCGAAGAACGACUUCCCAAGGCUCUUAUUGUGUUAAAGAAGGAACUCAUGAAUGCUCAGCUCCAGUCCAAGAUCUCGAAGGAUGUCGAAGCCAAGAUUCAGAAGCGACAGCGCGAGUAUUGGUUGAUGGAGCAGAUGAAGGGUAUCAAGCGUGAGCUAGGUAUCGAGUCCGACGGUAAAGACAAGCUGGUCGAGAAGUUCAAGGAUAAGGCGGAAAAGCUCGCCAUGCCCGAGGCCAUCAAGAAAGUCUUCGACGAGGAGAUCAACAAGCUGGCUCAUCUGGAGCCUGCUGCGUCAGAGUUCAAUGUCACGCGGAAUUAUCUGGACUGGCUAACUCAGAUUCCUUGGGGUCAGAAGAGCGUGGAGAACUUCAGCAUCAAGCAUGCGAUGUCUGUCCUUGAUGAAGAUCACCACGGUCUGAAAGACGUCAAAGAUCGCAUUCUCGAGUUCAUUGCCGUUGGAAAGCUUCGCGGGACUGUCGAGGGCAAGAUCCUUUGUCUGGUCGGACCACCAGGUGUAGGUAAGACCAGUAUUGGAAAGUCCAUUGCACGCGCCUUGAACAGGCAGUAUUAUCGCUUCUCUGUGGGUGGUUUGACGGAUGUCGCUGAGGUCAAGGGACACCGAAGGACCUACGUUGGCGCUCUUCCUGGUCGUAUCAUCCAGGCCCUUAAGAAAUGCCAGACGGAAAACCCUUUGAUCUUGAUUGAUGAGAUCGACAAGAUUGGUCAUGGUCAUCAAGGCGAUCCCUCUUCUGCUCUCCUCGAACUCCUCGAUCCCGAACAGAACUCGUCAUUCUUGGACCACUACAUGGAUGUCCCAGUCGAUCUUUCUAAGGUUCUGUUCGUCUGUACCGCCAACAUCACCGACACUAUUCCUCGCCCUCUUCUUGAUCGCAUGGAGCUUAUUGAGCUGUCCGGUUAUGUUGCGGACGAAAAGAUGGCUAUCGCUCAGCGGUACCUCGCACCUGCCGCCAGGGAAUUGACAGGUCUCAAGGACGUUGACGUUACCCUCACGGAGGAUGCUGUCGAAGAGCUCAUCAAAUCGUAUUGCCGCGAAAGUGGCGUACGUAACUUGAAGAAGCAGAUUGAGAAAGUUUACCGCAAGGCCGCCUUCAAAAUCGUUCGGGAUCUGGGAGAGGAUGUUCUUGCAGAAGAAAAAGCGAUCACGGAUGAGGGCAAGGCUGUGCAAGCGGAAUCUCAGAAAGAGACCGAGCUGACUGAUCCCGCAAACGCGCCCAUUAACCCAGAGAAAGCCACUACGGAAACUCCUCGCGUGGCACUCAAGGUUCCUGAGAACGUGAGUGUCAGCAUUGACAAGGGCAGCCUGACUGAUUAUGUUGGGCCCCCUGUUUUCACGGCCGACCGUCUGUAUGAAACUUUCCCAGCAGGUGUCACCAUGGGUCUCGCCUGGACCAGCAUGGGCGGUGCCGCCCUGUACGUGGAGUCUAUCCUUGAAAACGCUUUGUCGGCCGAAUCUCGACCUGGUCUUGAUAUCACCGGUAACUUGCAAACCGUUAUGAAGGAGUCCACCCACAUUGCAUACUCGUUCGCCAAAUCGGUGAUGGCGAAGCAGUUCCCCGAGAACCGGUUCUUCGAGAAGGCGAAACUACACAUGCACUGCCCUGAGGGUGCAGUGCCCAAGGACGGACCGUCUGCCGGUAUCACGAUGGCUACAUCCCUGUUGUCCCUGGCUUUGAAUCACCCUCUGGACCCUACUAUUGCCAUGACCGGUGAGCUGACAGUGACCGGCAAAGUCUUGCGCAUUGGAGGACUCAGGGAGAAGACGGUGGCCGCUCGCCGUGCUGGAGCUAAGAAGAUCAUCUUCCCUGCGGACAACAUGUCCGACUGGCUGGAGCUGCCCGAGAACAUCAAGAAGGGUAUUGAAGGUCACGCAGUUGGAUGGUAUUCGGAAGUCUUCGACAUCCUGUUUGCCGAUCUCGACAGGACUGCUGCCAAUCAUGUAUGGCAGAAGCAGCUUGCUGAAAAGCCCAAGAACAAGUCCCAAACCGCAAGCGAGGAGGAUGAUUGAAUCAACCGACUACUGUUAAUGCUAUGAUACGGCAUGCACUUAAAGAUGAUGGUCCAUACCGUAUUGGGUCACGUUCAGGGCGUUUUAAGGGGCAGCAUGGAUCGGAGUCGGCUUUUUUCGCUUUUUUGUUGGAUUAACCUUUUCCUCUGAAUUUUAGCAAUUGACAUUUAGGUUGUGGCAUAAACUACAACCAGGGUAGUGUCGUCGUUCCCUGGCCUGGAUUCCGUUCCUCGAUGCGGACUCAGGCAGGAACUCGGCGCGACACUGAAGCCCAUCGAACAAACACCACUCCGCUCCGAGAAAACAGGAUGGGUAUCGGUCCAUCCGACUGGCAAUAGACUUGUGUUGAAGUUCUGCAGACGAGCGGGGAUAGAGCUGGUGUGGCAGCACUCUCUAUACUUUUGGUGCCAGACUUUCCAUAAGGUCUGUGAUCAGUCCUUGCAUGUAUGUAUAUACGAAGACUAUGCCUGUAUAAUUUGG